UACAUAUCGAUAGUGUCGUGAGUGGCUGCACCGGCUCUAGCGCAAACAACACACACACGUGACGACAAUGAGUAAAAAACCGCAUUCCGUAAAAGUUCCCACCAAAUACAGGGCGACGGCCAAGAUUUUGAAGACAGCAUUGCAGCAGCAGAAGUCCGUCAAGACCUUGAUAUUCGCGGAGAAGCCUGCACGCGCACGCUCUUUGCAUACGGUGCUGAAAAAAUUUUGCGAUAAUCGAGUGGCGGUGGAAAAGGCCAUCGAGGAGACAGGACUGCUCAGGGACAACCCCAGUUUUGACCCCAGCUUGGCCAAGGUUCUAGUCACCGAACUGGUGUAUGGCAGGAAGGAGCUGAACGGCGAAAGCAAACCCUUUCAAACGGUGCGAGGUUACAAGGAGCGACUGCUGAAGUCAAUCAGUGAUUCUGGACUCCAGAGUAAAGAACGCAAUCCUCGAUAUGUACGAGUCAACACAAAUCUAUACAGUGUGGCGGAGGCCUUGAGGUACCUGUCUAGCGAAGACUGGCGGCGCAAGGAGCUUCCUGCAGACGCUAGCUAUGCGGAUUUCCUGACUGCCAUAAAAUCCCUUGAGGAGGACGAGUUCAUGACAGAUCUGCAUGUGGAGGGUGUGCUUAUUUUCCCUGCCAAGUGGGCCAACUACUGGGUCAGCCAUGAGUUGGUGCGCAGCAAGAGGCUUAUACUGCAGAACAAGGCCACAUCUUUGGCCGCCGAACUACUUGCUCCACCGAUGGGAGCCACUGUGCUGGAUAUGUGCGCAGCUCCCGGGAUGAAGACACUGCAUUUAUGCAACGUGAUGAAGAACAAGGGAUGCAUCUACUCCGUGGAGCUGGACCACGUUCGUUAUGAGACGCUGUGUGAAAUUACCGAGCAGGCUGGGUGCGAGAUCGUGAAACCCAUUUUGGGAGACGCGUUGGACCUAACAUCCGAACGUUUUGCGGACGUAGAGUACAUCCUGGUGGACCCUAGUUGCUCUGGAAGCGGAAUGCAAAACCGCAUGACCGUCUGCGACGAGCGGAAAGACGACAACAGGCUGUACAGGCUGCAGGGUGUGCAAAUUAAGAUGCUGUCGCACGCGAUGAGCGCCUUCCCGAACGUUAAACGUAUUGCCUACUGCACGUGUUCGUUGUGGAAGGAGGAAAACGAGCAGGUGGUGCAGCGGUGCCUUCAGCUAAAUCCAUCCUACAAGCUCCUCAGCUGCAAGAAGGCUUUACGCAACAAAUGGCAUAAUGUAGGCGACAAGGACUAUCCCAAUAUUGGCAAGAACUGCCUUUAUUGCCUGCCGGAUAGUGAUCUUACCGAUGGCAUCUUCCUGGCCCUCUUUGAAAAACUCCGCCAAGACGAAAUAGAUUAGUUUCAAACUCAAGAAGGAUAAUUGUUUUCUUAAAUUGCAACCUUAAUCUUUAUUUGGCACUUGCGCCAUUGAAUUUUUCAACUUCAGUUAUGUACACCUUUUUGAAAAAAAAUAAAAAAAAUUAUAAAAU